AUGUCAAGUUUAUGGCAGCAGGGGUCAUCAGGGAACAGUAGCAUCAGUGGCAGGAAAAUGAACAGCGAAGACACUGGUAUAGGAGGUCCAACCCCAGCGGUGGUGUGGACAUUUGGAAAAUGGGAAGACAAAAAUGCCUCACUUGGGAAUUGUCCUUGGUGUUUGGCCAAAGGUCAGACAAAUGCUCUCCGUUUGUCUAAAACUCACGAGGUCGACUUGGAUGUCAACAAGAAGGACGAUAAUGUAUCUAGCACUCAAAAAACAGAGGACAUGUUUGGAUUAGAAAUGGAAACACCAAUAGAAUUAGUUCCUUUGCGACCUCACCUCUUCUGGAAAAAUGAAGAUAACCUGUGUUGGUUAGAUUCGUUGUUGGUGAUGCUUGUGAACUGCAGGACGAUGAGAGAGGCUCUGAAUCAGGAUGUAAAUGUGCCGGACUCUGUGGCCAGGAACAUUUUCUCAACGUAUGAUAAGACAUGUUCCUACGUAAAAGCAAAGGAACAGCAGUGUGAAGACAAGGUAACCAGAGUCCCCACUGAUGUUCUAGAAGAGGCGGAGCGACAGCUCUCUGAUCUCCGUUUGUCACUCAUCAAGCUCCUUCAGCCUACACUCAAGUGUGAAAUUGGUCAGGAGAAAAUGCCUGUUUUUGCUCUCCCUCUUAUUCUGCGGUCAGAUAAAUGGUCCGAGGAUCUUUUCCAGCACACUGUCCGCUGGGAAUUUAAGUGCACAUCCUGUGGUCAUACUUUCAUCAAAGGGUACUUGUUAGGUCCAGAUGUUGCUCUGAGGAAUAAAAUCUAA